UUACGUACGGCACAUGUUAUACAGAGUUGUGCAACUCCUUCUACGUAACAUCGGCUGUCCUGCACGUUGACAUUGGGGUAGUAACCUGACAGAAGAACACUUCUCAGCUGACUUCUCUGAAAGACAGGGCAGGAUGGGAGCGUCCAUGUCCACACCUGCUGCUCCUACAGUGAGGGCAGAGGCCAUGAUGGCUGCCCCUCCUCAGGGCUGCCCCAUGCACCAAGAGGCCAAGCCUGUCGCAGUGUCUCCACCUUCAGAGUGCCCCAUGCAUCAAGCUCAGCCUGCGAAGGCGUCUCCUCCGUCAGAGUGUCCGAUGCACAAAGCAGAAGCAGGUCCAGCCCACCAGGACCGGGCCUAUGAGUUUGUGGAGUGUCCCAUGAAAGCUGCAGCGGGCAUGAGUGACAUCGACCCUGCGAACAUGAUGCCUCCCCCCAACCAAAAGCCAGCUCCAGACCAGCCCUUCGACCUGUCAGUCUCCAGAGAGGAGUCCACCAUUCCCCGUCACGGCACAGAGAAGAACUGGGUCUACCCGUCUGAACAGAUGUUCUGGAACGCCAUGCUGAGGAAAGGGUGGCGCUGGCGUGACGACGACCUCGGUUCUGGUGACAUGACCAACAUCAUUAAAAUCCACAACAAGAACAACGAGCAGGCCUGGAACGAGAUCCUGAAGUGGGAGGCCAUGCACGCAUUUGAAUGUCCAUGUGGACCGACCCUGAAGAGGUUCGGGGGGAAAGCCAAGGAGUACUCGCCCAGGGCUCGCCUCCGCCACUGGAUGGGCUACGAGCUGCCUUUUGACCGCCACGACUGGAUCAUCGACCGCUGUGGGAAGGAGGUGCGCUACGUCAUCGACUACUACGACGGGGAAGUCAACAAGGACACCUACCAGUUCUCCAUCCUGGACGUGCGCCCCGCCUUUGACUCGUUAGACGCCGUCUGGGACCGCAUGAAGGUGGCCUGGUGGCGCUGGACGUCCUAAAGGACUCUGAUAGGUCACUGUGUGAACUUCUUACACACACACACACACACACACACACACACACACACACACACACACACACACGAAGACUGUGAAUAUGGCGUUCCUCAUUUCAGCUCUUUGCAACAUGUGUGGUGCUUUGAAAAGAAACAAGAAGAAAACAAAACGAUGACGAUAGUUUUAGCAGUUUCUCACUGUCAGCUGUACGACGCUUCGUCUGUUAAUCAUAUUGAUUUUAAGUGGAAAUUAUAAUUUCAUGCUCGCAUGGCAGUUCAGUCUUUAAAAGAGCUUACGCAUCGAAGCUGGUGGAAGUGUUUGUCUCACAGGUCACUGGGGGCUUCUGGGAAUCUGAUCAGGCUUCAGUUCGCUCUCAGUUCAAAUACAGUUUACUGUAGGUGAAGUUCAUCAUAACCCUGAUGAUGUCAUCGUGAUGUCAUCAGGGUUAUCUCCAUGUAGAUCCUGGGAAUCUAAAUUUUUCAUGUUACAAACUGCAGGUGUGGAGUUUGAGAGACGGGGCCCUUUGCUAAUCAGGGGAGUCGAAUGAAAGAUGUUAGCAAGGUGCAUUAUGGGGAACGUAGGCUCCAGCACUUUUCGAUCCUGACCCAUUCAGUCAGGAUAUUUUGGCUGCUGCUGUUUUGAUUUUGGCUUGUUUUAAAUGUUUCUGGUACUGAUGUAGAAGUGUCCACAUAUAUUUAGUGGUGAUUGUCGGCUAAUCUAAUAUCUGUUUUUGUUUGUUACCAUAAUCCAAAAGUCCAGAGAAGGGAAACGCCCACAGCAUUUUAAAAGUCACAGUAUAACGGUUGAUUUCAAAGAUUCAUAUGUUCAUUUGAACUGAAGAUGUGCUGUAUAUUCAGGUAUUUGAUUGAUUGUGAUAGUUUUUCCUUAUGAUGUAAAUGCUGUGUAAAUGAACUUUGACCUGAGCUCGUUUCUGCUGCUCGUGAUCUGCUGACUCACUUCCACUAGUCUUCCUUUUUGAAGCACAUUUGCUCUGAUUGUAGGAAACAUUACUUUCUUGUUUUUCCAGGAUCAUCUUUAUUGGUGAGAGCGGUUUGACAGAUGAACAUGACUGUGGUGGGUUAUGGGUGUGGAUAUAUAUUGAUAUUUUUAUAAAGGACGAGGACUGAGAUCAGCCUUACUCUGUACCCAUUUCCCUUUUACCUUCUUAUUGUGGUUAGUUUGCUCUGACCUCCUCAGUCGGACUUUAGGUGCAGGUGACAGGAUUGGAGAUUAAACUAAAAGCCAACCGACCCGUUCAUAGACUGUACCAUUAUGUUCUUGCAGCAUUCUUCAAAUACUACAACACUUACCUAUUUCAUUACACAAAAAGGGAUAAAAGAUUAAAAGUAACCCAGUGAAACUGGAUUCUCGUCUCGGAUAUAUCACAUCAGAUGUUUCAGUGCAACAUUUCAUCUGCGGCUCCUUCAGUGCUGUCACAGUUCCCUGUCUCAGCUCUGGUGUAUAAUUGUGUUGCGCUGAUGUUCAUGUUUUUAUUUAUUGUUAUGAAUGAAUCAUUUGUUUGUGCAGAAUCUCAAUGUUUCUGUUCCCAAUACGUGUUCUUGUAUCUUAAAAAAACUUCUGGAGGUCAACUAAACUAUCAAUAAAACUGGUCCUCUUCUG